AUGGCCGCCGCCGCCGCCGCCGCGAAGGCAGCGGCCGCGGCCGUCUCCGCGGGGGCCGCCUUCGCGCUCUCCUCCGAGCGGGCCCACGCCGACGGGGGCGGCUCCACCUUCCGCUUCCCCGGCUUCUAUUCCUCCGCCCCCGCACAGGCCCCUGGCCCCGCCGCGCCGCCGCCCCAGCAGUCCCCACCGCCGUCGGGCGGGCGGCGCGAGGAAGCCCCGGAGGAGCCGCCGAAGGUUUCGACUCAGCACCCUCGCACCAGUGCCGCGGGCUUCGACCCCGCGCCGUUGGAGCGUGGGGUGGAGGCGCUUAACCAGCUCAAUAAGUCGUCGGACCCCAAAAAGCUGUUCGAGCUUAUGAAGAAGCGGGAGGAGACGCACCAGCAGGAAAUAGCUGCGAAGAAACUCGAGUUGCAGAAGACACUGGCCGAGAUCGAGCUUGAGCAAAAACGUGUGGAUUUCGAAGAAAGGAAAAAACUUGAUCAACAACGAGCUAAAUUUAAGUCGCAGACGGCUCAGUAUGAGGAUGAGCUAAAAAGGAAGCGACUGCAGGCUGAACAUGAGGCGCAGAGGUUAAGGAACCAGGAGCUUGUGAAGAUGCAAGAGGAAUCUGGGAUUAGGCUAGAGCAGAUCAGGCGGGCAACUGAGGAGCAAAUCCAGGAACAACGGAGACAGACAGAGAGGCAUAGGGCCGAUCUAGAGCAGGCGACCCUUUCAAAGAAAGCCAUGGCAGAGGCGGAGGGGAGAAUACUAGUAACAAAACAAACUGAAGAUGUGAAAAGGCGAUUGCUUUUGGAGGAGAUAAAUGCUGACAGGGAGAAGUGGAUCCAAGUGAUAAAUACAACCUUUGAGCAUAUAGGAGGUGGUUUGCGAACGAUCUUAACUGAUCAAAAUAAGCUAGUGGUAGCAGUGGGAGGUAUAACAGCACUUGCUGCAGGGAUAUACACAACAAGGGAGGGUGCAAGAGUAGUCUGGGGCUAUGUUGAUCGUAUUCUAGGUCAGCCUUCACUGAUAAGGGAGUCAUCACGAGGGAAAUAUCCCUGGUCUGGUUCCCUCUCACGUGCUACAGGUACCCUGACUAGCAAGCUGAAGAAUGGAAGCAACCUAGGGAAGGACGGAAAUGGGUUUGGUGAUGUUAUUCUAAAUCCUUCUCUCCAGAAGAGAGUGAAGCAGCUUGCUAAUGCCACGGCAAAUACGAAACUUCAUCAAGCUCCUUUCAGGAACAUGCUUUUCUAUGGGCCUCCUGGCACAGGGAAAACCAUGGCAGCACGAGAACUAGCUCGCAAUUCUGGAUUAGAUUAUGCACUAAUGACUGGUGGAGAUGUUGCACCAUUGGGAUCACAAGCAGUCACCAAGAUUCAUCAGCUGUUUGACUGGGCGAAGAAAUCUAAUAGGGGUUUGCUCCUCUUCAUAGAUGAAGCAGAUGCUUUCUUGUGCGAACGGAACAAAACUUACAUGAGUGAAGCUCAAAGGAGUGCCCUGAAUGCUCUCCUCUUCCGCACAGGUGAUCAAUCCAAGGACAUUGUCCUUGCACUUGCCACCAACAGGCCUGGUGAUCUUGACUCUGCUGUCGCUGACCGUAUUGAUGAGGUCCUGGAAUUUCCCCUGCCUGGGGAAGAUGAGAGAUUCAAGCUCCUGAAGCUAUACCUGGACAAGUACAUCAUCAAAGCCGGUGACAAACAUGAGAAGAGCUGGCUCCGUUUCUUCCGCCGCCAGCCCCAGAAGAUCGAGGUGAAAGGCAUCACUGAUGACCUGAUCCGGGAGGCGGCGGCUAAGACCCAGGGCUUCUCUGGAAGAGAGAUAGCGAAGAUGAUGGCAAGCGUCCAGGCCGCUGUCUACGGGAGCAAGGAUUGUGAGCUCACCCCAGGCCUGUUCCGCGAGGUUGUGGACUACAAGUUCGCUGAGCACCAGCAGCGGAGAAGAUUAGCCGGUGAGGAGCCAAAGCAGAAUGCAUAG